CUUUGUUUUACAGAAUGACAGUUUCAUGCACAUUGCCAGUAAAGAAUAUCAAUUCGUACCAACAGUGUGACCCAUCUGAGUGCCAAGCAACACUAAAUAUCGAAUCAUCAAAAAUGGCAGACGGCCCGAUCGACUGUGAUUUCCCCGUUUGGGGAUUAUUGCCGAAAAAAGAAACAGGAGUUGUCUCAUUUUUAAAUAAAAACCCAACUUAUGAUGGAAGGGACACCAUUAUCGCUAUUUUGGACUCUGGUGUGGACCCAGCGGCAUCUGGACUCAAGGUCACGCCCAGCGGGGAGACGAAGGUGAUUGAGCGUUUUGACUGCAGUGGAUGCGGAGAUGUGGAUACCAGUACGGUUAUUAAAAAAGUUGUUGACGGCUGCAUCACCGGCGUUACCGGCCGUAAACUGAAGAUACCUGAAUCAUGGAAGAAUCCAACUGGCACAUGGCGAGUAGGCAUACUGUACCCGUUCAGCUUAUACCCGACGAAGCUGCGGGAGCGUGUGCAGGAACACCGCAAGGAGCACCUUUGGGACGUGGGCCAUAAGCCUGCAUUUGCAGAAGCCAACAAAAACUUGCAGGAAUUUGAGGCUGAAUUAACGCCGAAAGGCACGAACCUGAGCCAGGAAGACAAGCUGCUGAAGGAAGAAUUGGAGGCGCGCGUGGAAGUGCUUCAGAAUGCAGAGAAAAAGUACAAUGACCUCGGACCUACUUAUGACUGUGUACUGUUCCAUGAUGGCACAGUGUGGAGAGCAUGCAUCGACACAUCAGAGAGCGGCGAGCUGUCCUCAGGCCCGCUGCUGGGCGAGUACUCGGCGACCCACGAGCACGCGCAACUCACGCCGCUCGACGAGAUGACGGUCUCCGUCAACGUGCACGACGCGGGCGCCACGCUCGAAGUGGUCGGCAUGUGCUCAACCCACGGCACGCACGUGGCCGCGAUAGCAGCCGGUUAUUUCCCUGACAGUCCUGAGCUCAACGGAGUAGCGCCGGGAGCCAAGAUCGUCUCACUAACCAUUGGAGACAGUCGCCUGGGUUCAAUGGAGACUGGCGCGGCGUUAGUACGAGCCUGUAUCAAGGUCAUGGAGCUGUCCAAGACCAUGAAGAUCGACGUCAUCAACAUGAGCUACGGCGAGCACGCGCACUGGGCUAACGCUGGCCGAGUAGGCGACAUAAUUUGCUCGGUGGUGAACCGGUACGGCGUGUCGUGGGUGGUCUCCGCCGGCAACCACGGGCCGGCGCUAUGCACCGUCGGCGCGCCGCCUGACAUCGCUCAACCCAUUCUCAUUGGUGUGGGAGCUUAUGUGUCCCCUGAAAUGAUGUCAGCAGCGUAUUCCAUGCGGACGAAGCUAAACGGUGGAGCCUUCAGCUGGAGUUCGCGCGGGCCCGCGUGUGACGGCGCGCGCGGCGUUAGCGUCACCGCGCCCGGCGGCGCCGUCACCUCCGUUGCGAGGUUCACAUUGAGAAAUUCGCAACUUAUGAAUGGUACUUCAAUGGCAGCACCACACGUCGCCGGUGUAGUAGCGGCCCUGAUAUCGGGUCUCAAGCAGAAGAGUCUGCCCUAUUCGCCGUACUCAAUCAAGCGGGCGCUGGAGAACGGCGCCAGCUACCUGGCGCACGUGGAACCCUGGGCGCAGGGUUGCGGCCUUGUUAAUAUUGAAAAGUCGUUCGAGCUCCUCUCGACCUACCACGACGCACCAGAGCGCGACGUGACUUUCGGCAUAACAAUAGGAGCGCACGGCGGCAAAGGCGUGCUACUGCGGCCCAAGCCCGGCGACCACGCGCGCGACCUUGGCAUCUCCGUUGAACCACACUUCGCGGAGAACCACGCCGACGAGACCAACACAUCGCUGAUCCCGAAGCAGAUCGAGUUUGGGCUGCGACUAGUGCUGACCUGUGACGCGCCGUGGGUGUCGCUACCGGCUUAUUUGGAUAUGAGCAACACGUCGCGACCUUUCGCUGUCAGAGUGGAUACGACAGCGUUGCCGCAUGGAGCUCAUUAUACCAGUAUAAACGCAUACGACGCGUCGUGCACAGAGAAAGGCCCGGUGUUUCGCGUGCCGAUCACAGUGCUACAGCCGCAGCCGCUGAGUUACACCGCCUCCGCGCCCGACCUGGCCGUCUCUGACGAGCUGUUCCGACCUGCUGCCAUCAAGAGGCACUUUGUGAUCGUGCCUCCGGACGCCACGUGGGGCGUGCUCAAGAUGUGGACCAGGGAGCAGGACAAGACGGGCCGCUUCCUCGUGCACGCCAUGCAGAUUCUGCCGCGCCGGUCCUGCCGCUGCCACGAGACGCAGAAGAUGCUAAACGUUACCACCGACGCGCCCACCGUGCUGCCCUUCCAAGUCAUGGGCGGCGCGCCGCUUGAAAUAGCCAUCGCGAAGUACUGGGCGAACAUCGGCGAGGUGACCGUGUCCUACGAGGUGGAGUUCCACGGCGUCAAGCCCGACUGCGGCCCGCGCCUCGUGCUCGCGGCCGCCGACGGCAUGCGAGCGGUUACCCUGCGCGCGCGCCGGCUACACGACUUGCAGCCACAUGCGGUGUUGAAGUAUGCUGAGCCGGUUUAUAGGCCAGCAGAGUCAAAAAUCACCCCAUUGACGGCGCGGGACGUAAUCCCGCCCAGCCGCCAGAUAUACCAGCUCAUCAACACAUACAACUUCCACGUGCCUAAGGCGGCAGAGGUGUCGCCGAUCGUGUCUCUGCUGUGCGACAUGCUGUACGAGUCGGAGUUCGAGGCGCAGAUGUGGAUGCUGUACAACAGCGCCAAGCAGCUUAUGGCUGUCGGCGACGCAUACCCCUCCAAGUACUCGGUGAAGCUAGAGAAAGGCGAGUACGUGCUCCGUCUGAACGUGCGUCACGAGAGCCGCGCUCUGCUGGAGAAGCUCCAAGAACUGCCGGUGCUCAUGCAGCAGAGGCUGGCGCAACCCAUCACGCUGGACGUCUACUGCUCGCAGCACCAGGCAACGAUAGGCGGCAAAAAGUUCAACUCGGCGUCACUAAACCACGAAAACAUAAUGCCCAUAUAUUUCACCUCCAUUCCUGCAGAUAAAAUUAGCCGGUCCAACCUGACGAUAGGCCACUCGCUGACGGGCACCGUGACCUUCGUGAAGGACGAGCACGGCCGCAAGGUGGACACGUACGCGCUGCAGUACGUCGUGUGCGAACCGCCCAAGCGCCCGUCCCAGGCUAAGGACAAGGUAACACUUCGAAUCUUCUUCUUCUUCUUCUUUUCAGCCAAUGNUACUGGUCGCAAAGUGAGACCCAGUACACAGACAACAUUUGACAAACUCUUCAUCAACUGA